GACGCAGAGAGAUUUGUGAAAGAUGUCAGGAACACGCUGCGACAGAGUCGAAAAAUGAGCAGGAAUCGUAGGCGGAGCUUACCCAGCAGCUCGGUGCCAUCAGAUGAAGACCAGACCACCCCUGCAGUGCAAAAGGGAAGUAGCCAGACCACACUCAGGUCCAGAUCCUUGUCCAGGCAGGAUCUGUUGGUGCAAGCCUCGUCCAUAUACGAGAAUGAAACGCAGACAGAUCUACCGCAGAUGGUCGAUGUGGCAGUGGGGACCAGUGCAAGGACUCCUAGUUCGAUAAUCCUCGAUUGGAGCACUUCAAGGACGUCUCUCAGACGGUCUCACUGGAAUACAGGAGACCUGCCUCUCAGAACUUUUCCCCACAUCCUUGUGGAGGCUCCAGAAGGUGAUGAGCCUAAAGAUACCAACCCACCGGCCUCCGCCCCCCUUGAACCGAUCUCCGAAGUGCCGUAUGUGGAACCCACUUUUGAGAAACCUCUCUCUUUCAUUGAAAGACCUCCUUCUGUUAAACGGACCCCCGCAUCUAUAGAACCCGAUCGGAACUCUUCAGAUUCAUCUGUUCCGUCCAGCUUUGCUCAGUCUACCAUUGCCCAAGAAUCUAGAUUAAAGUUCGUGUCUGUCGUAUCCGUGGAGAGUGUGACCUCAAUCAGUGCCACGGAACAAUAUGAUAGGGAGGAGCCGCUCAUUACCAAAACGCAAAAGUUCUUUAAAAAAAGAGCCCCCUUGGUCCCGAGAUACGAUUCGGAGGACUCGUACGUCAUUGACAAGGACGUUAUCCAGCAGGACGCGUCCGUGUCCGCGACCAGUGCGGGUUAUCCUUUGGCUGACACCGAGUCACCCGGGUCAUUCAGCGAAUACGACGAGGAUAGGCGGAAGAACAGUGUAUUGUUCGACUCGAUAAGUGAUGAUUCCAAGGAGUCCUUCGACCUGAUCCGCGGCGGAAGACGUCUGGGCUCUGGUAUGGUUUUUAUCUAUAUGGUGAUUCCACCAGACGGCGGCUUCGGCUGGGUGAUAAUGGUGCUCUCCUUUCUCGCCCAGCUGAUCAUCGACGGCCUUAUCUUCACCAUUGGCACCCUGUUGCCGUUUAUAGCCAAGGAUCUGGACGCCAAAAUGACGGAGGUACUUUUCGUGGCCAGUGUCCAGAUUGGAUUCUACUUCACGAGCGGUAUAUUUGGUGCCAUUAUGAUCAAUCGCUUUGGUUUCCGCAAGGUGGCCAUCGCCGGGGUCCUAUCCUCCUCAUCCAUGGUCUUGAUCGCCAGCUUCAGCGUCAACCUGGUCAUGCUGAUAUGCUUUUACAGCGUCCUUGGUGGCAUCUGCAUGAGCAUGAUCUGGGCGAGUUCCCAGCUGAUCGUGGGGUACUACUUCGAGCGGUAUCGUCCGAUGGCCACUGGAUUCUCCUGCAGCGGCGGCGGCGUUGGAAUAGUAGUGUUCACAUUCCUCAACGGCUGGCUGGUGCCGAUUAUCGGAUGGAGGAACAUGCUCCGCACGCAGUCGGCGCUGAUCAUGUUGAUCCUGCUGAUUGCCAUUACCUACGUGGAGGUGGCUCCCACUCAGGUGGGCCUGUACCACCAUCCCGACCUUUUGGAGUCCAGUUCGGAGGAGUACUACGGCAACUUCUAUGUGCAGGACUACUUGCGUAUGUCCACCCAGACGGCAACAAGUCGGAGUGUCCUUAGCACGUAUGAGCCGGAGGAAAAGAAGCGUGGGUGCGCCAAAUUCUGUCCCUGCUGCGCCAAGUGUUGUGAGAAGAAGCGGAAGAAGGCGGAGACCGAGGAGGAGCGUAAUCUGCUCAUCCGUCCAGCGCCCAUGGAGCGGGAUGAUCUCUUCUACACGGGUCCCGCCGAAUACGAACAGCCUCACAGCAAAGAGCACCUCGAGGGCAAGGAGAUCCACCUCCACAAGAAUACCCAGCAGGUAAACUACGGCAUUAAAACAAUUCAUGUAGACGAUAAGGAUGAACCGUCUACUUCCAGAGUCAGUCAUAGAAGAUGGGCUAAGGGACCUGAAACGCCAAAGAAGAAGCAGGGCCGAUGUAUGGCCACCCUGGUAAAGCUCUUCGAUUACCAUCUGCUGAAAAGGUUCGAGUUCCAGGUGCUGGUGGCCUCAGCCUUUCUGUAUCCGCUGGGUUUUAACAUACCCUACGUUUACUCGUUCGCACGUACCACUAUUCCCAUGGAAUAUGGGCGUUUAAUAGGACCCACCAUCGGGAUUACCAACGUUAUACUGCGGAACGUUUGUGGGUUUCUGGCCUAUAAGCGGCGUGAUUGGACCACAGGCAUAUGUGGAGCCGGCAUGGUUUACGGCGGAUGUGCCGUCUUUAUCAGUGCCUUCUAUGGUCAGGACUUGAUUUGGUUCCAGUUCCUCUACGGCAUUUCCUAUGGGGUCGCUCCAGCUGUAUUCGCCACCCUGCGAGGACUUAUAUAUGUGAAAUAUCUGGGCUUGGCAAAGCUGACCAAUGCCUUUGGGAUAACCUCUUUGGCCAUGGGUGUCGGUGCUUUUAUUGGCACCACUAUUGGCGGAGAACUAAUUGCCACCACGGGGAACUAUAUCUCUGCCUUCGUCUUUGCGGGACUGUGCCUCAUAGGCUCCGGAGUACUGAAACUACUGCUGCCGGCGCUGAUAAAGCUUCGCAACCGUAAAGCCCAUUAAGGAAUCUGAUGGUUGGAAUUGCAUUAUUUAUUUGUUGUCCUCCUUCUAACAUGGGAUUUAUUUUACAAAACAGCUUUCGCUCUUCUUGAUAUCGCAUUUGAUACAUACACAACUGUUAUUGACUAUUUAACUAGUUAUGUUUUGGUUAUGCCCGUGUUCAAAAUUCUGAAUAAAUGAUUUUAUAUUACA